GAAAAAUGGAGGAAGAGGAUGAUGAUGUUCCCCAGCUUUCAUCCCAUACAUUGGCUGCCCUGCAGGAGUUCUAUUUGGAACAACAGCAGAGAGAGGGCAUGAAGACCUCUCAGGAAUCUCAUCAAUAUUCUGUUGGCUCAAUAGAAGAAAACUGGCAACUGAGCCAGUUUUGGUACAGUGAUGAAACUGCAACAUGCCUGGCUAAUGAAGCUGUUGCAGCAGCUGGAAAAGAUGGCAAGAUAGCGUGUAUUAGUGCACCGAGUGUGUACCAGAAACUGAAAGAGCAGGAUGGCAAAGCUUUUUCAGUGCGUAUACUGGAAUAUGACAGAAGGUUUUCUGUAUAUGGAGAAGAAUUUGUCUUCUAUGAUUAUAACAGUCCUUUGAAUUUACCUGAAAAUCUCCUGCCACACAGUUUUGACAUUGUAAUAGCAGAUCCACCCUAUCUCUCGGAAGAGUGUCUUCAGAAAACUGCAGAGACCAUAAAAUACUUAACGAAAGGAAAGAUUCUGCUUUGCACAGGUGCAAUCAUGGAGGAACAGGCAGCAAAGCAUCUUGGAGUGAAGCUAUGCAAGUUUAUUCCAAGACACUCUCGAAAUUUAGCCAAUGAAUUUCGAUGUUAUGUGAACUAUGCUUCUGGACUAGACUGACUUUCAUAAGAAGAUGUAGAACUUUUUCAAUCAAGUUCCUUUGUUUCUUUUCUCAGUGACAGAAUUCUGCAUUUUUGCAAUGUUUCAAUAUUCCGCUCUGAGUAAUGUGUUUUUUCUGGGCUAGCUUUAAUCAACACUGCGUGCUAGCCUUUCUUUAAAAUGUGUAAGCAUUUGUAAUUACCGUGUUUUGUAUUUUACCUAUUAGGUAAUUGGGGACCAAAACGAUGAAGGUGCUGGAUAGUGGGAGCUUUUCUGGUAGAAUUUUAUUCUAAUUGGUAGUUUUGACCACUCAAGGACUCUUCAGUGACCUCUCUGAAGUGUGUUAGGUUUAGCUGUUUGGCUAAACACCAGCACACAUAGGUGCUUGCCUCACAGAUAUCCCUGUAAUAAUUUGCAGUAAUGGGUAGCUUGGUAGCUAGUGGAUGGCUGAAAGAGCAUGAAUACAGGUAUCCUUUCAACCUUGAGCUAUGCUCCCUUAUAGAAGAAUUGAGAGGCGUUUCUUCUGACCAUGUCGUAUUUUUUUACAUUCAUUAGCUGCCAGGCUAAUGGGUUUUUUUUAAUGGAUAACUAGAAGAGAGAAUAAGUUUUCUUCCGAGGAGGCCUCUCCCAUUGCUUUAAUUAUCCGUAGAACUACCUAAGAGUUGUCAAGUAAGAUAGGAACCAUUGUCCAUUGAUUAUUGCUCGACUGGCUUUUUUAAAAAUUGUGGUUAUUGUUUUAUGCCUUUUCUGAAGCCUUGGCAGAAACCCACACUUUCUUUUUGAAAGGUAAAAUGUAUUUUAUUAUCAAUUGUCAUCAUGUAAACUUGUGUAUGAAUGUGCUUUGCACUAGAAGGAAGUGAUGUAAGUAGUUACACAGCUCUCUGCAGAGAUACAGUGCAUCUAUUUUGGGAUUUUUGUGUGUUACAGCAACAAAACCUCAUGAUCUUUUUGUUUUAAAAAAAAGUAUCUUCUAUUUACCAGGUAAGCUAAUCUGCAGAGGAGUCAUAGAACUGAUGCUUUGUUUGAAAAAAAAAGCACAAUAAGGAUUUCCUUGUUAGAGGGAAAUUUACCUUUGUAAAGAAUCCUAAACACUAGUGAGAUCAAAUACAAAGUAACUACUAAAUAAAAAUGCAACAAGUCAGCCAGUGCUUGCAUUAGUGCCCCAAACUGUUCAUGUGUUUUCAGUUACUCUUACUGUUGGCUAUGAGAUAUUUUUCUCUGCCGUUUUUCUUUGCCCAUUUUUAUCUUUGCCUCCUGUUCCACAGAUGGAAACAAGGGAAGUAGAAAAGAAGUAUUUUAGAAAGAGUUGGUUUUUAUAAGUCUGCUGAGGUAUAACAUAAUGUAUUGAUAAACUUCUGUUUCUAAUACACUAAUGUUAAGUUUUGUAUAAGCGGUUUUGGCCAUCUUUCAGUCAAUUUCAAUCAAAAUAGAUACCUACUAUUCCAAAGGAAAAUUUGUUUUUAAUAUAGUAUUUUUGAAACUCUGGGAAUUUUUAAAGCCAGGAUUCUCUGACUUUUUGGCUAGACUCCCAAAUUGCAAAGCCUUUAACAGUUUUAUCAGCUGUAAGUAUAUGACAUGUAAAUAUUUAUCUUUACACAGCAUAUUUAUGUACUGGGAUUGUGUGAAAGGCUAACAGACACGGUGCAUCUGCAAAAUGAGUCACCUAGAAGGAAAUAUUAGGAAAUGUAUUUUGUGGUGGGGAUGAACCUCAAUAAGCUUCUGAGACAAUAAUUUUAAUAAUUGAGAGAUGAUACUCGUGUUUCUGUGCAUUUCUCCUGUUAGAAUGCAGAUUUCCAACGUUUUGUGGAAUAAACAAGUGAGCAGUGAUACUGAGGAUGUGAUA